AAAAGAAAAUAGUAAACGUCAUUACUGUGAGUUGGAAGUAUGGUGAAAAAUUAGUCCUCUGUUCGUAAAGUUUUGGUCCCAAAUCUACUGUUUGUGCAUCGGAAUUCAACACCCGCACCGAAAUGUCUCCUCCGGGCAACGGAAUCUUCGUCGUCCGGGGCGAAAUGUCCAUCCUGACGACGGCAAUGCGCCGCGGUUCUCGAUGGAACUCGAACUCCUAUCAGGAUGACGAUAAAGAUGGACUGCUUAAAAAUUUCCACGAUUUGAAAGAGAAGCUUCUGCAGCUGGAAGAUUUACGGCUGGUUGAACCAGCCGUGUUCCUCGGACCAUUCCUGGAAGUUAUCCGAUCUGAAGAAACUACUGGUCCCGUUACGAGCUUGGCUCUGUCAGCGGUUAACAAAUUUCUGUCCUACGGACUGAUUGACCCGACACAUUCGACCCUGGCUGCCACAGUGGAGAGCAUAGCGGACGCUGUGACACACGCGCGCUUCGUAGGAACCGACCAAACCUCGGAUGGGGUUGUGCUGAUGAAAAUAGUACAGGUCCUGAGGACGCUUUUGUUGAGCCCGGAGGGGAGCGCUCUGUCGAAUGAAAAUGUCUGCGACAUCAUAUUGAGCUGCUUCCGGUUGUGCUUCGAGCCCCGUUUGAAUGAACUGGUGAGGAAAACCGCUGAGAAUGCUUUGAAGGAUAUUGUGCUGCUGCUGUUCAUGAGACUUCCCCAGUUUGUGGAGGGAGGUAAUUUUAACCUCAAGUCGCUGAAAAUGCGUUCCAGUUCCAUGGAUCAGAGCAGUAAGAAGCGAAAAGUCAGCAGAACGGACGCGAAACCUACUAUUACCGUUCCUAAGAUAGUGACGAGUGAAGAUCUAUCCCAGGAGCAAACAGAACCGACCACUCCGGUGGCGAUUAAUGCUCCCAAAGCAUUGAAGCCACCCCCGCUAUCAACAACACCAGCGACUCCCGCAGGGACAAUUGUGGAUAUGCAAGGAGCGAUUUCCCAAACUCCAAAAAGCAGUCAGGAACCGAAAACUGAAUCGACAAUACCGGAGGAGGCUGAUAUACAAUCGCAACUGGAAUUGCCUCUGGAUAACACACAGGCGGACGCGGAGGAAACUCCGCCGGAGUCUUUCGUUAAUGCAGUGGGUGUUCGUUUCACCCAGCAAACCGACGAAGAAGUUGCAGGCCCAACGCCACAUCUGCCGUAUGGGUUGCCCUGUAUUCGUGAACUCUUUCGUUUUCUCAUAUCCCUCUGCAAUCCGCUGGAUAAACAGAACACCGAUGUGAUGAUCCACAUGGGCCUCACACUUCUCACUGUAACGUUCGAAGUUGGUGCGGAUAGCAUUGGGAAAUACGACUCACUGCUGACGAUUGUGAAGGACGAUCUGUGCAAGAAUCUGUUUGCACUGUUGGCAACGGAGCGUAUAUCGAUUUUCGCAACGGAUCUCCAGCUUUGCUUCCUCAUGUUCGAAUCGCUACGGUCGCAGUUGAAAUUCCAGCUCGAGUAUUACCUCACCAAGCUGGCCGAUUUGAUAGUGAAUGAAAACCCAAGGAUUCUGUACGAAGCUCGUGAGCUUGCUCUGGACAAUUUGCUACAGCUCUGGCGCAUUCCGGGAUUCGCUGCCGAGCUGUACAUCAACUACGAUUGUGACCUGUAUUGUACCAAUUUGUUUGAGGACCUUACGAAGUUGAUGUCGAAGAACACACUUUCGGCUACGUAUUCGAUCUAUAGCGUUCACACGCUCUCAACGGACGCCCUGCUGACGAUUAUCGAAUCCAUCGAGAAAAACUGCUUACAGGCGAAAAAUGGAGAGAAAACGACGUACAUGCGUCAUUCGCGGAACAAUUCCAGCGUGGAUAAGAUUGUGCUGGAGCUAGGAGUGGGGCAGCCCCUCUCACCGAAAUCGGAACAAGGUGUUGCUAGUCCUCAAGACCCCGACGGAAACGACGUGGUGGUCGAAAGCAUCAACAAGUAUCUAAAAUCUAGUCAAAACGAGGACCGUCUGCGACAGAUUGCUAGCCAGGAGAGUGCUGGCGAUGGUACUGCUCUGAGCCAGGAGGAAUUGGCCGCCAUCAAAAAGAAGAAACGCCUGCUGACGCAGGGUACGGAUCUGUUCAACCAGCGUCCCGAGAAGGGCAUUCAGUUUUUGCAGGAAAAUGGUAUCCUCAAUAGCACCUUGGAUCCACUAGAAGUUGCCCACUUCCUGAGGGAGAAUUCCGGGCUGGACAAGAAAAUGAUCGGAGAGUAUAUUAGCAAAAAGAAAAACGUUGAAAGCAAGAUCCUGGAGGUGUUCGUCAAAUCGUUCGAUUUCGCUGGAUUGACGAUCGAUCAAGCGCUUCGGUUGUAUCUUGAGACAUUCCGGCUUCCGGGAGAAGCUCCGCUUAUUUUCCUCGUGAUGGAACAUUUCGCUGACCACUGGCAUAAAUGCAAUAACGAACCAUUCGCGAACACCGAUGCCGCCUUUCGUCUGGCGUACGCGAUCAUAAUGCUGAACAUGGAUCAACACAAUCACAACGCGAAACGACUGAACGUUCCAAUGACGGCAGAAGACUUUCUGAAGAAUCUGAGAGGAUUGAAUGGUAACUCGGAUUUUGAUCAGGAUAUGCUCACGAACGUUUACCACUCAAUCAAAAACGAAGAGAUAGUUAUGCCAGCCGAGCAAACGGGAAUAGUGCGAGAGAACUAUCUGUGGAAGAUGCUGCUGCGCCGUGGCACCACCAAAGAUGGCCUUUUCCAUCACGUGUUCGGUCCAAACCACGACCGCGAGUUGUUCCGUAUAAUCCAGGGAUCAACACUGGCGGCUCUCAGCUUUAUUUUCGACAAAAGCAACGACAACGCUCAACUGUAUCAGAAAUCGAUGAACGGAUUUAUAAAAUCGGCGGUGAUCGCUUCGCACUAUAAUCUACACAGCGACUUCGAUGCGCUCGUGCUGACGCUGUGCAAAUUCACCACGCUACUGAAUCCACCGGUGGAUGUGCACGAAAUCACAACCAAUGUGUUGUUCGGUCAGAACGCGAAAGCUCAGUUGGCGAUGAAAACAGUAUACGCGCUGAUCCAUGCCCACGGGGAUUGUAUGCGGGAGGGGUGGAAGCACAUUGUUGAAGUAGUGCUACAGUUGUUCAGACUUAAACUUCUACCAAAAUCGCUGAUGGAAGCGGAGGACUUCUGUGAGCCUGGCGGCAAGGUAGCGCUUGUCCGCGAGCAAAACCAGUUACCCAAAACGGACGCCGGUCUGUUGAGCAGUCUGUAUUCUUACCUCAGCAACGACAGCCAGCGGCAGCCUUCCUACGAAGAGCAGGAAAUCAUUAAACUUUCCAAACGUUGCAUCAAGGAGUGCCAAAUCGAUCAAAUAGUGAACGAAUCAAAGUUUUUACAUUUCGAGUCGCUUGUCGAGCUUGUCAACUGCAUGCUCGGGAUGAUCAAAGCUCCUGAGAGCCACAAGUCAGUGGGCUUACCGUACGCUGAAAAUACGGUUGUAUUUUUGAUGGAACUUCUGGUGAAGAUUUUGAUACAGAACAGAGAUCGUCUGCUCCCCAUUUGGAAGCCCUGUCAAGAUCAAUUCUAUCUUCUACUAAACGGAUCGUCAUCCUGCGAUUAUACCUAUCUGUUGCAGCGAACCACUGUUGCGAUACUGAAAUUGGCCAUCUAUCUGAUGCGAAACGAGGAAAUCUGUUCCACCAUUCUUCAAAGCCUGCGAAUGCUACUCAUGCUCAAACCCACUGUAAUUCUAUCAAUUUCAAAACCGGUCUCCAUUGGAAUCUAUGAGCUGCUAAAAACAAGCGCCCAGAACAUUCAUUCCGAAGCGGAUUGGGUGAUUGUGUUUACGAUUCUCGAGUGCGUUGGUGCGGGAGCUAUGCCACCAGAGUACGACGAAGCACCGGUCGUCUCCGGAACGAAAUCCGAUGGUGCUCUCAGUAGCGAGGAAGACUCGGGACUGCCCGACCGUGGAUACAUAUCGGAUUCGGAGUUGAACACCGUCGUCAAGAGUUCGCAUUCGUCGAAUUCCUGUACGCCUCUGGUCAGUCCUACCGGUGACAAUUGGAUACUGGUUAAUAAGGACGCCGAUAUUGUUUCGUCCCGGUCGACCUCCCCGAAGCACACGAUCCAAUAUCACUGCAAGCUGCUGGAGCAUUCUCCCUUCGCGCUAGUCAAAUGCUGGGAAAGUUUAUCCUUCAUCGUACGAAACGUGGCCCACAUCACACCGUAUAACUUUGAGCGCUGCGUGCGCUGUAUUCGAACCUUCGUGGAAGCGUCGAUGAAUGAUGGCAAGCAGAAACGUCGCCGGAGCCGCAGUGGGAAGUGUUCCAGGAGCCGGAAUCGUAAGAACGAUAGUAGCGACAGUGAAUCGGAGGACACUCCGGAAGCGUAUGAAUCGAUUUCGAUUCAACUGUUGGAUUUGAUGCAUACGCUGCACACGCGAACGGCACAGAUCUUCCGUUGGUGGGCCGAAGAGGGAGGCGCCCUGCCACAGUGCUCCGCACUAUGGUCACAGGGAUGGUGUCCACUCUUGCAGGGUAUCGCACGUUUGGCAACCGAUCAGCGGAGACAGGUCCGAACAAGUGCAGUCACGUGUCUACAGAGGGCGCUGUUGGUGCAAGACCUGCAAACUCUAACCGGGUUAGAAUGGGCCGGUUGUUUCAAGCAGGUUCUCUUCCCGCUUCUGUCGGAAUUGCUCAGUGAGAAGCCAGUCAAACCGGUGGAUGCUGGUUUGCUGGAGGAAUCGCGUAUGCGAACCGCAACCAUCAUGUCGAAGGUAUUUCUGCACCAUCUGACGCCUCUGAUUGCGCUGGCCGGCUUCAACGAACUGUGGCUCGAGAUACUGGAGUACUUCGAGUGCUUCAUGAAGAUCGGUUCGGAUCUGCUGUACGAGGCUGUGCUCGAGAGCUUGAAGAAUAUGCUGCUGGUGAUGCAUUCGGUCUGUGUUUUCCACAACAGUGACGGAGUGACCCAUUCCGUUCUGUGGGAUUUAACGUGGCAACGCAUAUCGGGCUUCCUCCCGAACCUCAAGGACGAACUAUUCCGGAAUGAUGCGGUGCAUUCAAGUAAAAUCAGCGUUGCUGCUCCUGCAGCACCACCAUCCCAAAAUGCGCUGACCAACACAGUUGAGCCACCUCCAGCCGUUCAACCCCAUUCUAACGUAGAUUUGCUUCAACUUCAACCAACGAUCGCUAGCCCUCCGGGUGAAUUAGAACGAGUAACAACGGGGACAAACAAUUUGCUAAUCAACAACACAAGCAUCCUUAAUCCACCACCGAUGAUUUCUCAAAUGCAGACACCUGUUCUGGUACCAAAUCUAAUAAAUGCCCCACCUCCGAUAAUCCCAGCAACGCAAACAUAUUCAUCACCUGUUCCAUCCCACGAUGGAAUCGAGUUAGAGAGCAGUCCGCAACACAACACGAACCGAUACUCGAACAUCAUCGAGCUACCGGUAACUCCAUCGCCGCCCCCCUGCGCGUUAGAACAAAACACUGUCGCGGAGCCAGAACCCCAACACCCUGCUACAAUGGACCCAACACAGCCUGUGAUUCCACGAAGUCACCUUGUGGCGGGCAAUCAGUAUCCUUCGCUGCAUAACGUUCCCAUCGGAAUCGCCCAGAGUUUCGCGCCAAUAUUCGUCCAACCGAAUCAGGGGUCCGCUGAGGGUGCCGAUAUUUACACCGACUACAUCAACGAUCCGUACAAUCUGACGUUGCAGUUCGAUCGGAAUGCAUCCGACCAGCAGCAAUCUUCGCCUCCACAGGAACCACAACUCUCAACGCAAGCGAAGCCACAAAACGAACCGUUUCUAUCGUCCAACUAUUUCGGCACGAUGCAGUUCGGUUCGGGCCGGAUACCACCAGGUUCGGAAAUGUUAUUUGGUGAACCCUAGAGAGCUGGACUCAUUUCUCACCGUCGGGUAAUCUAAUAUGGUUUCUUUUGCUUUUCUCUUCUGUCGACAUUCCUUACAUGCCUUCACAUGGAUCCAAUUAUCAAUCAAUGCGCGGUUAGAAGUGGACGAAGAUCAGAACUAACUAACCGUUUACCAAGUUACGUUGGAAGAUUCGUAGAGUACCGACCGGAUAUAUGUUUUUAACUGUGCUAGGCUAAAGAUAGCUCUGAGCAUAUCGCGACAACGCUGUCGUACGUGUGUUUAGCUGAGAAAUGAUAGAAAUUUUAGGGAAAAAAUAUUUUUCGUUUAUUCCCGAUCGCUAUUUGUUUCUGUUUUAUCCGCAAAACUGUUAAUACAUAUAUACAUAUACCUACAUGUUAUACACUCUUGUAGAACGAGAAAUUUUCCGGGUGUGUGUGUGUGAAUGUUUUUGCUAGCACUAUGAACAAUAGAUCAACAUAUUGAACACAACAAAUGUUCCACAAGGAGGGACUUCUUUUUAGUUAGUCGAUUUGAAAUUUCUGUUCGUAAAUAUCUUUCAUUACGAUUGUAACUACCCUUAUUUUAUUCCACAGAAAAGAAGAGUAUAGAUAUACACAUACACGUAACGAUGUGAGGAUAAAGCUAUUAUGAACUUACCAAUAAAUAAAACCACAAGUGAAAAACGACGAAUCAUGACUGUUGUGAUU